CCACACACACCGCCUAGUUCUAUGGAAGGCGGGGGCGUCUCCUCCGAACUCCCGCCGGCCCGAGGGGGGGGGCGGAGGGAGGGGAGGACUAGUCCCACCCUUUUUAUUCAUACUCCUCCCUCCCGCCCUCCGCCCUCCGCAUAGUCUCCGGCGCCGAGUCCCUGCGUUCCAGAGCGCGUGGGCGGCGGCUUCGGCUGCGCGGCGGACGCUUCAGCAGCUUGUCUGCAGCUGCGUAGGCAGCAGCGCGGCAGACGAGGUAGCGGCGGCUGAGGGUAACGGCGGCGCUUACGCUUGUCAGGUGCUUCAGAAGAGAAUGAUCUGAAUAUCAGAGGAUUAAGGUCGGCCUUUUGGAAAAUUGAAGUCUCCCUAUUUUUGCUAACUUUUCCCAGUUGGGGAAUUCCACAUCUGUACUGAUGAUCUCUGGUGUCCAGAAAAUAGAAGAAAUGAACUUAACUUAAGUUAGAAACAAGGGAAAGACAUAUAAAUGAAGAAAAAAUAAGUGAAUAAAGUUUCCUUUGUUUGAAUUAAAACACUGCAAACCCCAGAAAAUUUGGGGUUUUUGAUAUCUGUGGUUUGUUCAGCAAGUCGAGUACUGGAAUCUUCUGAUACUUGAACCUGAAGAUUUUCUCAUGAAACAUUGAAGGGGGGAUGCUUUAUUAUGGCUGCUGUCGUACAACAGAACGAACUAGUCUUUGAAUUUGCCAGCAACGUCAUGGAGGAUGAACAACAGCUUGGGGAUCCUGCUAUUUUCCCAGCCGUCAUUGUGGAACACGUUCCUGGCGCGGAUAUCCUCAACGGCUAUGCCGGUUUAGCCUGUGUGGAUGAACCUAGUGAUAUGAUUACUGAGAGUUCAUUGGAUGUUGCUGAAGAAGAAAUUAUAGAUGAUGACGACAUCACUCUGACAGUUGAAACUUCCUGCCAUAAUGGAGAUGAAACCAUCGAAACCAUUGAAGCUGCUGAGGCACUCCUUAAUAUGGACUCUCCAGACCCAAUGCUGGAUGAAAAAAGAAUAUCUAAUAUAUUUGCUUCACCUGAAGAUGAGAUUGUUGUUGCACCCAUUACUCAUGUAUCUGUCACAUUGGAUGGGAUUCCUGAAGUGAUGGAAGCACAUCAAAUCCAAGAUACCUAUGUAGUAUCCCCAGAAACUACAAUACCAGAACAACCUAAGAGAAAGAAAGGGAGAAAAACUAAACCACCUCGACCAGACUCCCCAACCACUACACCAAAUAUAUCUUUGAAGAAGAAAAACAAAGAUGGGAAGGGAAAUACAAUUUAUCUUUGGGAGUUCUUAUUAGCGCUUCUUCAGGACAAGACUACCUGCCCCAAAUACAUCAAGUGGACCCAGAGGGAGAAAGGAAUUUUUAAAUUAGUGGAUUCUAAGGCUGUGUCUAAGUUAUGGGGGAAACACAAAAACAAACCUGAUAUGAAUUAUGAGACUAUGGGAAGAGCUCUCAGGUACUAUUACCAAAGAGGUAUUUUGGCUAAAGUGGAAGGUCAGCGCUUGGUGUACCAGUUUAAGGAAAUGCCAAAAGACCUUAUUUACAUAGAUGAUGAAGAUCCAAGUUGCAGCCUAGAGUCUUCAGAUCCAUCACUGUUGUCUUCAACAACCACCUCUGGUAGAAACCAAGCCAGCAAAUCCAGAGCGUCUUCAAAUCCAGGGACAAAGGGAGGCUCCGCCACUGUUCUGAAACCGGGGAGUUCUAAACCCACCAAAGCCAAAGAGCCCGGGGAAGCCACCCAGACACACCUGGCUGGUCUGUCGCCAGAGGUGGUGCGGACGGUUCAGUCAUCCCCAGCUCCACAUCCCGUCCAGCUCUUUCGGACUGUUCACCUCAUGCAGCCGAUCCAGGCCGUUCCAGAAGGGCAGGGAGCCAGUAACAUGCAGGAGGAAACGUUGAAUUCUUCUCUUCAAAAUAUUAGGACUCUUCAGACUCCGACCCAGGUUCCUGUGGUGGUUUCUCCAGGGAAUCAACAGUUGCAUACAGUCACACUCCAGACAGUGCCACUUACAACAGUUAUAGCCAGCACAGAUCCAGCAUCAGGAACUGGGUCUCAAAAAUUUAUUUUGCAAGCCAUUCCGUCAUCACAGCCUAUGACUGUCCUGAAAGAAAAUGUCAUGCUGCAGUCCCCAAAGCCAGGCUCUCCUCCUUCAUCUAUUGUUUUCAGUCCUGCCCAUGUACAACAGGUUCUUACUAGCAAUGUCCAGACCAUUUGCAAUGGGACAGUCAGUGUGACUUCAUCUCCAUCCUUUAGUGCUACUACUCCUGUGGUGACCUUUUCCCCUCGAAAUUCACAACUGGUUGCUCACCCAUCAGGCACUGUGAUUACUUCAGUAAUCAAAGCACAGGACUCGAAAGAAACCAUGAUACAAGAAAUGAUGGCACAGGAGGUGGAAGAUAACAGGAUAGAAGACCUUGAACAAACAGAACAGAAGAUUGAGCUGCAGCCACAACCCAUUGUGGUAAUGGUGUCAAGUUCCAAUGGAUUCCCAUCCCAGAUAGCUGUGAAAAGAGAAAGUGAACAAUUGGAGCCCAAUUCGUAUUAAUAUACCAAGUUAAUUAUGGAUGACUUUUUAAAAUUACAGCAUUUUUGUUUGUGUAUAAAGGAUUUGAUUCUGAAGCAUAUGUUACAGAGCCCCAUAAUUUUGGCAAUUAAUUAUUAGUCAUAACUUAGAGUUAGUUUUGCUUUUCUUUUAAAUAUUAAAAAAAAUGCAACACAUGCUCCAAGGACAUAUUUUAGAAUUCAAGCAUGAAGGACCAUGCAUUUUAUAUGAUGAAGGCUUUCUUUUUUUUUGAGAUCUUUGUCUCAGUUGCUACAGUAUGUCUUUUUUUUAAAAUCCUUUUUCCAGUUCUACAUUAUAAUAGCUUUUCUGUUUCCAAUGUAAAUAUGUUAGUUAAAUGUAAGGCGACAGAGAGUUUGAACUAUGUUCAUUCCAUUUGUGUAAAGCUUACCUCUAGGAAAUACUAAGUGACUAUCUUAUGUCACAUAUUUUUAAUUGAUUUCAGUUUUCCACCUACUUCACAUUGGUAAUAUUAUGUGCCACAAAGAAUUGGUGUGUAAAAUGGAAACUGGGGGGAAAAAAAAAAAGAAACAUAAAACAGUCCUAAUUCUAGGCUUCUUUGGAAGUAGUACCUGCACAGCCUGCCAUUAACUUUCUUGUGUAACCUUGAACACAACACUUUCCGAGCUUCAGUUUCCUCAUCUGAGGAAUUAAAAUAGGUGAUCUUUAAGGCUCUGGCCAGCUACCAGAUGCUGUAAUUUCCACACUCCCACAGGAUCAAAAAAUUUGUUUUAUCUGAAUUAUUACCAAGUUGGGCUCUAGGUCUAUCCUACUCCAGCUCCAAAAUAUUAUGAUUUCACUAUCCUCACACUAAACAUUCUUAUUACACCAUUUAAAACAACAUCAAGUUAUUUUAAAUUAUAUCCGAAGAAAAAACUGACAACAAUGGUUUUUGAUCAUCAUUUUUUGCCAAAUAUGUUAUACCUAGAUCCGUUGGAAAUUUAUUAACUCCUUAGACCACCGAGUGGCAUUUAGUAAAUGUUGAAUGAGAUUUGCUAAAUAAUAUAUACUAGUGGUCUGAAUGAGCCAGGGGUACCUUUCCUAAGUGCCUACUUAAUUUCAUUGAAAAAUUUCAGCCUUGGGCCAGUUUGGCUCUCUUGUCAAUAGCUUUAUAAAAUUUCAAUUUACUUGUUCUGGGUCUUUAUGUAAGGGAGUUAGGGGUGGGUGGGAAUUGUAUACAUAUAUAUGUGUAUAUACACAGACACACAGACACACAGAUCCAGACUUUUCAUGAUGAAGUAGUUUUAGAAUACUUUUUUCAAUUGUAAAUAUUGUACAUUUAAUUUCACAAGAAAAAAAAAUAAAGUUUUCAGCAAAUUUAUUUCCUAGUAUAGAGAUUUUUAUAGAUAAAAAAUCAUUAUGUUUAGAGGCCUGGUGUUAUAUGUAUUCAUAUUAUU